AUGAAUGUUUCACAGUCCGUGACUCUGCCUCCGAUCUCGUCGUUCGACAGUCUGGUGCGGGCCGCCGAGCACGAACACUUUGUGCGGGCCCAGCACGGGCAGCGGCAGCGCGAGAGCGCGCUGGGCGCGCCGGGCGUGGGCCUCAGCGUCGGCAGCGCGGCCCACACGCCCAGCGCGCCCAGCGUGGCCAGCGUCGGCAAUGUCGGGAGUCUCGGCCCGGUGCUCGUGGGAGCCUGGAGCAGCGGGUCCGAUACUACGGCCGCGGCCGCCACGCACAACUAUUUUAUUGCAUCCGGUUCCGGCGCUUACGGCCGCGCCGACAGCCGCGGGGAAGGGGGCGCAGGGACGCGCGUCGUUCCAGGCACGACGGCAACCGCGGGAACGCGGCGCGACGCUGGGCCUUCGUUCGCUGGGACGCUCACGCGACACGAAUCCGGCGGGCGCGCGAGCGUUUCGGCUCCCGAGCCCAGGCCCGGCGUCGCGCCUGUGUCGCCUGACACGAACGGCAGCAGCGGCACGGCGGCAGGUCCCGCGCCACGCGCGGCCAAGCCACGCCGCAAGAAGCAGUGUCCCGUGUGUCACAACUUCUACGCAAACCUAUCGACGCACAAGUCGUCGCACAUGCUGCCGGAGCACAAGCCGCACAAGUGCCCCGUAUGCGCGCGCGGGUUCACGCGGAACAACGACCUGCUGCGGCACCGCAAGCGGCACUGGAAGGAUGAGAUCAUCGGGGCCGGCCCCGGGAUCGGCGCCGCGGGCGCGGGCGCGACCGCCUCGGGGGCACGUGGUGAGGACGACGCGCUAGACGUUUCGCCAGGCGCGUCGUCUAGCGUGUCGUCUGGGUCCGCGAGGCUCGGCGCCGCCGACGGCGCCGACGCCGCAGACCGCGCCGCAGGCGAGUCUCUCAGCCCGCAGCAGCAACUGCGGUCGCUGCAUCGGAUCAAGGGCACGUUCCACUGCCCCUACAAAUCCGCGCUCAUCGCGCUGGACAUGGACGCUUACCCGGGCAAGCGGCGCGAGCUGGCGUUCGAAACCUCCGAGUGCCACCAGACCGGGGUGUUUUCGCGCUGCGACACGUUCAAAAACCACCUCAAGGCGCUGCACUUCGAGUACCCGCCCGGGACCAAGAAAAAGGACCGCAGCUCCGUGCCCGGCCGCUGCAAGCAGUGCGGCAGGCACUUUGCCAACGUCGGCGAGUGGCUGAGCUCGCACGUGGGCAAGGACUGCGGCUACGUCUACCACUGA